AAAAGGUUAUGUGGAUUGUCAAACUAUUAUUUUAAAAGCAUAAACACACCAUGAAUGAUCAAAAAGAACCGGCCCCAGGUGAUGGAAUCCGCUCCCUUAAAACCAGUAGAAUAUUUAAAGCUGUUAACUUUGAGCUUUACGCCAAACCCAAUCUUGCUAUUAUGGGAUUGGGAUUAAUUGCAUUAGCAACUUGUACCGGAUAUAUUGCUUAUAUGAGAUACCAGCAUGAACAGCAGGGUUACUAUACAGUUGUCAAAGAUGAUGGGACAGAGACUUUCUUAAAGAAAAAAUCUAAAUGGGAUUAAUCGAUGUUUGUGUUCUUAAUUGUUGUUAUUUAUUUAUGUAUAGAAGGUUAUAAAAACAAUAAAAAUUGUAUUUAAAUAG